GUACAGGAAGGGUUUCCCAUGAUCUACCUGCACUGUCCAGUCUUUCUGCUGUAGCCUGUAGCCUAGGAAGCAACACAGCGACGCACAGGCUGAAGUAGAAAAUAAUAUCUAUUUCAGCUUGUUUGGACAAAGAAUUGGAGAUAUGAAGGCCCUUACUUUGCUUCAGUCAGGCUUGGACCUUGACCAGCACUCCAGGGCUAGCCUCCUCUCCAACUAUGCUCCAAGUCUGGAAAACCGAGUUCUAGCCCAGUCAAACACCACCCUGUCACACUCCCUUACCAAGUCUCCGUCAUGGAUGACCCAGACUCCCAGCCAGGGGCUGUCCUGCCUCUCCUUACAGCCGUCUAGCCUCUCCUCCACAGUGUCCACAUCUCCGCUGCUGUCCUCCAGCGCCUCUGUGGGUCUCUGUGGCCCCGCAUCCACCGGCCGCUCCUCCUCCUCUCACCUCCUCAGCACGGAGAACACUCUGCUGAAGAGAGACCCUCUACUCUCCCCUCUCUCCUCCCUCACACCCUCCAUCAGGAGUACUCUGUUGCCUCCCAGCAGUGACUCCUUUGCCCUACAGCUCCCCCGUCCUGCCCUUCUCACUGAAGAGAAUCAGAAACAGCCCAGCGAAGAUGAAAGGGAGAGAUGCUAUAGACCUGGCGAUAUCACCAGUCAGGCUUCUGAAUUUGGACACAUUGAAGAUGAGGACCCUGAGCAGUCCAUAGUGAUGCCUGUGGUUAAUUUGGAUCUGGCAGAGGAAGAGGAGGAGCAGAUCAUAGCUCCUGAUGAGGAGUUUACAGUGAGAAAAUACCAUGUUGACAGUCAGCUUGAGAACCUGAAGGAUAAAAAGUAUCAUCUGCUGAAUGCUGUGUGCGGUUCCCUGGUGAUGAAGACCUGCGCCCCGGGGGAAGGAGACUGGGAUGGCGAGGAGAAGGUUUGGAAGAGAGUCAUGAACCUCUCAGAAGACAUCUCCAAGAAGGACCCCGAGUUUCUCCUCAAGGUGGCAGUGUACACCAGACAGGAACUGAAUAUUCGCAUCACUGCCAACUUCCUGCUGGCACUGGCUGCCCACCUGCCCUCUACGAAGCCACAUGUACGCCGAUACUUCUGUGCCGCCAUACAGCUGCCUUCUGAUUGGCUGGAAGUGAUAAGAAUCUACUCGACUUGUUUCAGCAAGUCUCUGCCUUCUUGUUUGAAGAAAGGCCUCACUGAUAAAUUCAAGCAGUUCAGUGAAUAUCAGCUGGCAAAGUACAACACACGGAAACAUAGGUGUAAGCACAGCAAGAAACCAAAGCCCAAGGUGGUGUCGGAUGCACAGUGGACCAAGUGGGCAGCCCUGGUGGGGUCGGAGCCCCAGGCCCUGCAGAAAUAUUUACAGAAUGGUGCUCGUCAAGCGGUGGACAAGAAGCAAGACAAGUUCAGCCUGAAGAAAAUGAUCGAGCGCCUACACAUCAAAGAACCUGCUGAACAUGUCAUGGCUGUACUGGGGAAGAGGUACCCAGCAGACAUGCAGGCUUUCUCUCGUAGCGGCCUGAACGGGACCUGGCAGAAGGAGUUGUCAGGGAAACGCAUGAAGCUGAAGCAGCCGGACACCUGGGAUCGUUUGCUCAGUCAGGAGGGCAACAAGGCUGCCACUUGGGAGAAGCUGAUUGAUAGUAAAUCACUGCCUUUCAUGGCAAUGCUGAGAAACCUGAGGAACAUGAUCAGUCAGGGCAUCAGUGAGAGACAUCACCAGAAGAUCCUGGCCAGACUCACAUCCAAAUCAUCUGUAAUCCAGAGCAGACAGUUCCCAUUUCGCUUCCUGUCUGCAUAUAAGGUCAUCCUGGAGCUGGGUAGUACAGCUGUAACAGCAGUAGAAGAUGUCCCGACCUCUACUGCUAUCCUGAAAAAGAUUUUGAAGAAGCUGCCCAAAGGCAAGCGCUACAAGAGUCUGGAUUGGGAGACCGCCAAACGCAGGAGACUGAGGGUGGCCCUGGGAGUGCCUUUUGUUUACCGCAUCUUCAAGAUGAAGAAGCAACUUUACAAUACAGCAUGCAAACGUCAUUACACAGACGAGCUCUUGGCUCGCUACAGAGCGGCAAUAGAGAAGGCUGUGCAGAUCUCCUGCCGCUACAACAUCCCACCCCUCCCUGGCCGCACGCUGGUCCUCUGCGCCACCAAUAUUGAGGAGGUUAGACGCAACCAGAAGAAAUACGACUUCUGCCUUCCCCCUGACCCCGAAAAGAAGCAGGACGAGGAGGAGAGGACUGCGACCUCUGUCCAAGAACUGGCAGUGCUAAUGUCGCUGAUGAUUGUGAACUGCUGUGAGCAUGCCCAGUUUUUCCUCCACUAUUCUGAGCAAUGUUUCAAGGAGGUGACGCUCCAGUCGGACGUACUGUUGGAUAACGUCCGACCAGUCCUGAAGCAAGUAACGGAGUUAAACAACAUGGACUGGUCUGAGAGGGAGGCGUGUUCAUCGUUCAAUAUAUUCAAUGACAUGAUUGCAGACAGGACCCACGUUGACAAUAUCAUUACUCUUUCAUCAUCGUCUUAUAACUCUUGUUCAUCAGACAUUGGCUUGUACAAAAAGGAAGUCAACAAGAAUGUCCUAAUGGUGUCUGUCCUGUUGACCAGUGAUUCUGGGGAUGACUUGUCCUCAGAUCGGAACUCAUUGCAGGUUGUUGGCUUCAGUGAGCAAAUCCUUAAGUUUAUCUCGGAGAGGGGCUCCUCUAGGCUCCUGGACCAUGUGGAGCACAUGGACAAGCUGCAUGGUGUUCCUGCCCCACCCCAAACAAAGGGGGAGCAGGAACGAACAGUGGAUGUCCUCCCUCUGCCUGCAACACCUAAGCUCAGGUGGCGUGGGGUGCGUGUCUUCGUCUCCUCCACCUUCCGGGACAUGCACACUGAGCGGGACGUGCUGGUACGCAGCGUUUUCCCCGAGCUUCGCCGUCGCGCCGCCCCCCAUGGCCUGCACCUGCAGGAGGUAGAGCUGCGCUGGGGCGUCACCGAGGAGGAAGCGGCCCGCACCCUCCAGCACUGCCUGGGGGAGGUGUGCCGUAGCCAGCUGCUGCUGGGCCUCCUGGGGGAGCGAUAUGGCAUGGUGCCCCCUCGGCCCUCCCUACCAGACAGCCCUCAGUACCACUGGAUUAACUCCGCUCCGUCUGGCCUGUCAAUCACAGAGAUGGAAAUCCGUCAGUUUCAGGCAAUGUGGCCAGACUCGGCCACCAGCCGCAUGCUCCUUUACUUCAGAUCACCACACCUGUCCAAGUCUGUGCCUGUGGCGUGGAGAUCAGACUUUGUGGCUGAGUCUAAAGAGGCCGAAUCCAAGAUGGCUGACCUGAAGAGCAGGAUCCUUAGCAGUGGAGCUAAAGUUAUGGAAAAUUAUCCGUGUGAGUGGGGAGGUGUUGUGGAUGGAAGGCCAUAUGUGAAGGGUCUUGAAGACUUUGGGAAAGCUGCAGUGGAGGAUUUGUGGGACACAUUGCAGAAGCUGUUUAUAGAGGAAGUGGUUGAGACUGAUGUCAGUUCUGAGGUUAAGGAACAGGAAGUGUACCAGGCUGCCUUGCAGAGGCAGUUUUAUGGGCGUGGCAAGCUUGUUUCCAUGGCGAUGGAGAAAGUGAAAGAGACUCAGAAGAAAGGAGGAGUGGUGAUGGUGGAAGGAAAUCCUGGAGAGGGCAAGACUGUCUUCAUGGCUGGUUUAGCAAAUGCACUGCAGACUCUUAACAAGUCCCAGAGGUGUGAGGUCAUAUCAUACUCCACUGCUGCCAGCCAGUCAGCAUGCAGUGUGGAGAACCUGCUGAGAUAUCUCAUUUAUUGGUUGAGAAAGCAAAGAGAAGGAAAUGAAGAGGAGAAGCUCUCCUCCUCUUCAUCCUAUAAAGAAUUACUGGCAGAAUUUGACACUCUUCUGAGUGAUGUGAAGAGCAUCCAAUUACUCGCCUUGUUGGUUGAUGGGGCGGAUCUUGUGCAGGAUGCUCAAGGCCGAUUUGUUUCUGAUUGGAUACCUCAGAAUUUACCUCAGGGUGUGUCUCUGGUUCUGAGUGUUACCACUAACUCGGAUCUCCAGCAACCUCUGCUCAAAAAAAAGGGUUCCAUCUCUCUUCCCCUGGGACAACUGUCCCUGCCAGACCGGAAGGAGAUUGUUCAGAAGGAGCUCAGUGUCUAUGGAAAGAAACUCAGUGACUCUGCAUUCAACAAUCAGCUCCAGACCCUGCUAAUGAAGAAGGGUGCGGUCAGCCCGCUCUACCUGCACCACGCCUGUGAGGAGCUGAGGAGCUACGCCUCCUUCGAGAAGAUGAAGGACAGCCUGCAGAGCCUUCCUGCGACUCUGCCUCAGCUGAUUGAGCACAGUCUGGUCCGGCUGCUCUCCCAGUAUUCAGACUGGGCCCUGCGCUGGGCACUGGAGGUUCUGGCAGUCAGCACCAAAGGACUGAGGGAGAGGAACCUGUAUGCUGUAGUGAGCAUGUGCAAUGACCUCUCUCGCAAGGGGGGCCAGGUGACCUGGCAGGAAGCACUUCAACAGGCCAGACACUCACAGGACCGCAUUCCCAUGGCAACCUUCACUCAAAUGGCCCGGUGCUUGCAGAGUCUUCUUGAUCCCUCCAACACUCACAACCCGGACGACUUCCUGACGCUGUACAAUCCCGACGUGAUGUCUGCCUUUGAGGAGCUAUUCCUUUCAAAAGAGGAGGACCGAAGUAGAGCUCAUCUCCUGCUCUCAGCUCACCUGUGGGUGCAGGCAGACCCUCAGGGGAAGGACACCUUCCUGCACUGUGACUCCGAUGCCCUUGCCCACCUGCCCUAUCACCUGAGGAGCUGUGGCCAGUGGUCAGCCUUGUCUCACCUGCUGUCCAGCUACUACUUCCUGUGGGCCAACGUCAGGCUGGGGCUCCUGCAUGGCCUCUUGGAGACGUAUGCUUCGUUCGAUGGAGUCAUUACGAGUGACAUGAAGGAAUGUCAGAGAUUCCUGAAGCGGCAUGCGCCUCUGCUCUCCCAUUGGCCGGCUCUUUUCCUGCAGCAGGCUCUGAACGAAUCGGAUGGCUCUCCCGCCCAUCUCUGGGCCAGUGGUAUCGUGGGAAGACGCGGAGGACAUGGAAGGCGUGUGGUGGAGUGGCUCAACCGAGCAGAGCACACAGGGGGCAGGGAGACUGCUGAAGCUGUGGGAACCCUGGUGUCCACAUUCCAGUCAGAGCCCACCUGUGUGGUUGUGAGCCCAGGAGGGGAUGUCAUCGCCGUGGGAACAACACAGGGGACUCUGCACUUUUUUAGUGCACAGACUGGACAGGAGGUCAAGUCUCUGGUGAGCAACAGUGAUGGCAUCUCUGGCUGCGUCUUCCUGAAGGAGGGGCUUCUUGGAUCCACCUCCUAUGACGGACGGGUCGAGGUGUGGGAUGUGCAGAGCGGGUGCAGGGUCACCCAUAUGGAUGCCCAUACUAACAGAAUAACAGGAAGUGAUGUCAGUCAAGACAGGAAGCACCUGGCCACAGUCUCUUUAGAUUUUGGUAUUAAGGUGUGGUCCUCUCCGCAAGGCACGUUGGUGGCCAAACUGUGGAGUCCAAGCCCUCUGAACUGUGUGACCUUUGACCCGGAAGGGCACCGUGUGGCUGUUGGCUGCUGGGACGGAUCAGUGCGUGUGUGGAACUGGCUCAAGGAGACCAAUGCCAAGACUCUGUUGGGCCAUGAGCGGUCAGUGCGGAGCCUCUCCUUCUCCCCGUGUGGCUCUCAGCUGUGUUCUGGCUCUCUGUGCGGAGAGGUCCGGCUGUGGUCUGUGCCCGCCUCGACUUGCGUGGGCAGCUUCUGGGCCCACCGUGGCCCCACCCAGGCCCUCUCCUUCCUGCAGGAGGGCAGGCUGCUGCUCACCGCUGGAUCAGACACCACUGUCCAGUUGUGGUCAGGUGGUCUUGGUCGCUCAGUGGGAGUGUUAGGUGGAGAGAGGACGUUGUCCAAGCACUCCCAGACAUCCUCCAGACACAAAACAACAGCAACAACUGCUGCUGCUCUCUGUGUAGCUGUUGCCAAUGGUUACGCUGCCGUGGGGUACCAUGGUGAUGGUGUAAAAUUGUUCCAUUUGAAAACAGGAGAGACUGUGUGGGCCAGCGAGGGCCUCCUAAUGUCUGUCCCCUGCCUGCUGUGGCUGGAGGCCCAGGAGCCCGGGGUGCUGGUGGCGGGAGGUGGAGACCAUCGCCUGCGGGUGUGGAGGAGGAGGGGGCAGGGCGGCGCCAGAAUGGUGCUCCAGGGCUCCUUCAGGGCCCAGAAGGGCCCCAUCACUGCCCUGGCACAGAACACCACCUAUCUGGCCUCAGCCUCAGAUGACUUCACCAUUGCCUUGUGGACACUGCAGGACGUGACUGCUGAGCCCUGGGCUGAGCCCAGUGAGGUGUGCCUUCUGAGGGGUCACAGUGGCGGGGUCACCUGUCUGUCCUUCAGCUCGAGUGGCCAGGAGCUCCUCUCCGGGGGAAAAGACCAGGCUCUGCUGGUGUGGAAUCUUGGCUCCUCUCCUCCGUCUCUCUCCCAGUCUCUCCCACAUUGUCAUGGAGACUGGAUCACUGGCUGUGCCUGGACUUCUGACGGUGUGGUGAGCUGCUCCAGGGAUGGCCGGUUGCGGGUGUGGGACGUCCAGACGGGGAGCUGCACCACUGAGAUUCUGGCCUCCGCCCCCCUCACUUCGCUCUGCUGGGCUGCUGACUACUUCAUGGCUGGUUCUGCCGAUGGCCUCCUGUUUGUGUGGAAGAGGGAGACGAGGAUGAAGAUUACCCAGAUCCAGGCGCACGACUCCUGCAUACACCACUGUGCCACCCUCCCCAACACCGAUGUAAGCCAGAGGAGCAGAGAGGAGGAGCUGAUGGUUGCAACAGCAUCAGAUGACGGUAUGGUGAAGUUGUGGCAGCCGCUGCAGGUGCACCACCACAGCACGCUGCAUGGCCACUCUGGAGGGGUGGAGGCGGCCGUGAUCAAUCAGACAGGAGAACCAACGCUCUUCACCGUGGCCCAGGACCUCUCCCUCCGCACGUGGACUGUGGCCACAGCUCUGGAGGUCCCUGCCUGCCUGAAGGUCUGCGUUUCGGCCCUUUGCUUCCUUCAUCAGGGCCAGCUGCUGGUAGUAGGCUAUGAGUCAGGCAGAGUGGAGAUUUGGCAUCACAAGAAGGCCAUAUGUUGCGAUCAGGUGAGCGAUCGUGGGGUGACUGCUUUCUCCAGCAUGCCAGAGGACAAGCUCGCCGUCAGCUCCUGGGAUGGUUACGUGUACAUCUGUAAAAUCCACUGGGACCCCCAACAGGAAUCUGCGAGUAUGGAGAAGGCGUGCUCAUACAUAAUGAAGAGUCCUGUAAAGCAUCUUCACUAUUGCAACAUGCUCCUUGGAGUGUGUCACAGUGGACAAGUCUGCAAAAUCGAAGCACCAGUCGACGAUUGGGAGAAUCAAAUUAACAGCUGGAACUAUAACCACCGUAUUGUUGCUAUGCUCGGAAACGAUACCAAGAGCUGCUGGAUGGCUGGGGAGAAUUAUGGGAAGUUAAAGAUUGGGUUUAUUAUGUGCCUGAAUCCAAGCAGCUCCUUGAGCUCAAAUUUCUGCGAGACUGAGUUCAACCUUGAGGAAGAGGAGAGACAGGCCUGGAUCUCUGCCGUCACCAUGCAAGGAGAUUUUGUGGUCUAUGGAGAUGUCAAGGGUAACUUGUGGUUCAAGCAGUCACCUAACAUGGACUCCUGGGACAGUAGAUCUUCUCACAGUGACAGGAUCAGUGUGCUGAGGUUGACUGAAAAGACCCUCAUCUCUGCCUCCUAUGACUGCACCGUGAAACUGUGGGACAGACAGACCAAAAAACAGGUGGGCAUGUUUGUGUGUGAUGGUCCUGUCCAUGCCCUGGUGGUGGCCCCUCAAGAGCCGAGAGAGAUGGUGUGUGUGGACGGUCUGGGAAAACUUUACUUUCUGUCCUGGACAGAGUGAUUAUGAACAUCUCCUCUGUGUGCAAUAAACCGGCUGUAACCUAUUCUUAAUAUUGUUAGAAAAAUGAAAAUGGAAUGGAAAAUGUUGCCUGAGCUUGUUAAGUAUGUUAUUCUUAAUGACCUGAAUUACAUAAUUACCUCAAAGAGAUGAGCAAUGUAUCUAUGAUUUACAUAAAGUUUAAGUAAAGUUUUGCACAAGUGCCUUUUAUUUGAUCCAAAAUAAACUGAAAAUGUUUUCUGUUUACUGUCA